CGGCGGAGAUUUCAACCACAUGACUGCGUUUGCAAAGUCCACCCAAACUCAACCUAAUUCCAUGCCCACCGUAUAUUCCAAUGACAUAAUCAACCGUCCGAUAACCAUCUGACGGGAGACCAUUCGUCCUUCACCGCAACAUAGAAACUAUUAAAGUUUUCACUUUUUUUUUUUUUUUUACUGGUUUUUUUUUUUUUUUUUAAUUAAACUUGUAAUUUCCUCCAUAUGCUGCUGCUGCUGCUUCUCUGAGCGCCGCACCAGAUCCUAACCGUAAGAUGGCGUCCCUCGCCCUCACCGCUUCUCCUUCUGCAGCUUUUCACACUCUCAGAUCGCGCGCUUCCGCUCCAAAAUCCGCUUCUUCCACUAUCCAUACCCGACGCGCUUCCCGCCCAAACCCGCUCAGAGCUGCCGGACUCGGGAGGAGUCUCGGCUCAUUCACUUCCAUCAAUGCUUUUCCCAAACUCGCUAAAUCCCCUCGCGUUUUAGCGCCUUGUAAUCCCGGUUUCAGCGUCAAGGCCUCCGCCGCGGCUGGUGGAGCUUCUGUAGCUCCGGCGUCUCCGCAGCAGCAGCCAUGGCAAGGAGCGGCGAUGAAGCCGCUUCUGGCUUCCAUUGCCACGGGAGUUAUUAUCUGGUUUCUUCCCGUACCUUCCGGUGUCUCCCGGAACGCGUGGCAGCUCCUGGCGAUUUUUCUGGCAACCAUUGUCGGAAUCAUCACGCAGCCUCUGCCGCUCGGCGCCGUGGCUUUGUUGGGAUUGGGAGCUUCCGUGCUUACCAAAACCCUAACAUUUGGCGCGGCGUUCUCUGCUUUCGGCGAUCCAAUCCCGUGGCUUAUCGCUCUCGCUUUUUUCUUUGCGCGAGGUUUCAUCAAGACCGGCCUUGGAAACAGAAUUGCUUACCAGUUCGUUUCCUUGUUCGGUAGCUCGUCGUUGGGAUUGGGAUACAGCUUGGUGUUCAGUGAGGCACUGUUAGCGCCGGCGAUUCCAUCGGUCUCUGCUAGAGCCGGUGGGAUUUUUUUGCCGUUGGUGAAGUCUCUGUGCGUUGCCUGUGGUAGUAACGCCGGCGAUGGGACAGAGCACAAAUUGGGGUCAUGGUUGAUGCUGACUUGCUUUCAGACUUCCGUGAUUUCGUCGUCGAUGUUCUUGACGGCCAUGGCGGCGAAUCCUUUGAGCGCUACUUUGACGUAUAAUACGAUUAAGCAGACACUUGGGUGGACCGAUUGGGCUAAAGCCGCAAUUGUGCCUGGUUUGAUUUCGUUGGUUGUCGUCCCGUUGCUAUUGUAUUUGAUUUAUCCACCUUCGGUGAAGAGUAGUCCCGAUGCACCCAAGCUUGCGAAGGAGAAAUUGGAGAAGAUGGGGCCGAUGACUACCAACGAGAUUAUAAUGGCUGCGACUCUGCUUCUAACGGUGGGCCUUUGGAUUUUUGGAGGCAUAUUAAAUGUGGAUGCUGUUACGGCUGCAAUUCUUGGAUUAUCUGUCCUCCUUGUUACUGGAGUUGUGACAUGGAAGGAGUGCUUAUCUGAAGCAGUUGCCUGGGAUACUCUCACUUGGUUUGCUGCACUUAUUGCCAUGGCUGGGUAUCUCAACAAAUAUGGUCUCAUCUCGUGGUUUAGCCAAACCGUUGUUAAGUUUGUUGGUGGAUUAGGUCUUUCAUGGCAGUUGUCUUUUGGCAUUCUGGUUCUUCUUUAUUUCUACUCUCAUUACUUCUUUGCAAGUGGAGCUGCUCAUAUUGGUGCAAUGUUUACUGCCUUCUUGUCUGUCGCUAGUGCUCUAGGCACUCCACCAUACUUUGGGGCAAUGGUACUUGCAUUCCUUUCCAACCUCAUGGGAGGUCUGACUCACUAUGGUAUCGGGUCAGCGCCUGUUUUCUAUGGGGCUAACUACGUACCGCUUGCAAAGUGGUGGGGCUAUGGAUUCAUCAUAUCUAUUGUCAACAUUCUUAUUUGGCUUGGAAUCGGAGGGGUUUGGUGGAAGGCCAUUGGCUUGUGGUGAGGGAGUUGGAAAACUUUGCCGAUACAAAAUUAAGCAUUUUUUUGUGAUUUUUGCUCUCCUGGAAAUGCAGUUUUUUUUUUUUUGGUUGAGGCAGCUGUUAAAAUCAUUAUUUUCCAUUCUUUUGUCUAGAAAUAACAUCUAUUGGUGGCUUUUAUGGAGAACUUGGGUGGUAUACAUACCAGGUCAUUUUAGAGGAGAUGCUUGAAAUUGUACCCGAAAUUUUGACAUUUGAAAAUUGCCUAAUUUAUGGGGGUGAUUAUUUAUAUUAUAGCAAUUCUGUUUUUUCUUGCUA